ACGGAAGGUUUUGACGUGUCAGGCCGAGAGGCCCCCCCGCCCCUCAUGAGGGAGGCUGUUCGACCGCAGCAGGACCCUCUGAGGCUGAGAGCAGACACCGGACAGACCACCGGGGGGGGACGCCGCAUGCAGACAAGGAUGAAGCCUUUCCUCUGGAGCGUCUUGUCGCUGCUGCUGCUGCUGCUGCUGUCUGACGUUCUAGCAACAUAUCACCUCGGUGUGGGGGACCCUCAGCGGAUCGCCGCACAAAGCUACGCUCAAACCAGAACCAAUGGCCGACCUCCGUUCAGGACGCUGAAUCCACAAAUUCACAGAAGCGAUUACACGUAUAGAGGAGGGUAUCACUACCGCUACCAGCCGCCCAGGAUCCCUCCGGCGGUCUCGUAUCGGCCCGUUCCUCUGUCUCCUCCGGUGACUUACCACAGGCCCCCGGUGGCCACGCCGCACUAUCGCAACCCCUUCAGGGGGCCGGCGGCGCCGCAAAUGCACCACGUGUACAAAGGUCUGUCUCCACCAGUAGCUCAGCAUCCCCACCGGGGGCUCAAAGGGACGUUCCCGUACCAAUUUAAAGGUCCGUGCCCAAAUAAGUCCGACCCAACAGUACCAACGGCACCCGCGGUGCCCCGUCCUACCGUCCCGCCAUUUCCAACAGCGCGGCCCACUCUGGUGACCACCGGCCUGCCGGUGGUGGUGAGCAGCGCGCGGGCAGUGGAGACCACCGCUCCUGUGAGGCUGCUGGUCAGUACCCAAAGCGGCUUCAUCGCCACCGCGAGGCCGGUGGAGACAGAGACGGACUCUCACUGUAGGAGCCGUCCCAUGGACCUGGUCUUUAUCAUCGACAGCUCUCGCAGCGUGCGUCCUGGUGAGUUUGAAAAGGUAAGGAUAUUCCUCGCCGACAUGGUCGACACGUUGGACGUCGGCGCCGACGCCACGCGGGUGGCCGUGGUCAACUACGCCAGCACGGUCAAGAUUGAGUUCCUCCUCAAAAGCCACUUCAACAAACCCGACAUGAAGAAAGCCAUCUCCCGCAUCGAGCCCUUGGCCGCCGGCACCAUGACGGGCCUCGCCAUCAAGACCGCCGUGAGCGAAGCUUUCACGGAGCAGUCCGGAGCCCGGCCUCUCUCCAGGAAGAUCACCAAGGUGGCCAUCAUUGUGACAGACGGAAGGCCCCAAGACCAGGUGGAGGAGGUGUCCGCCGCCGCUCGGGCCUCCGGCAUCGAGAUCUACGCCGUCGGAGUCGACCGGGCCGACAUGCGCUCGCUGCAGCAGAUGGCCAGCACGCCCUUGGAUGACCACGUCUUCUAUGUGGAGACCUACGGCGUUAUCGAGAAGCUCACCUCCAAGUUCAAGGAGACCUUGUGCGGUCCGGAGCCCUGUGCCAUGGGACAUGACUGCGAACACACAUGUGUCAACAGCAAUGCCUCGUAUUACUGCCAGUGCCGGAAUGGUUAUAUCUUGAAUGCAGACAAGAAAACAUGUUCCCCGAAACAGCUGAAGGCGGCGGAGGUGGCGGUGGCGGAUCCCUGUAAAUGUGAAGCCAGACUGGCUUUCCAGAAGCAGACGCACGCCGCCAUCCAGCAGCUCACAGUCAAGCUAGUCGCCGUGUCUGGGAGGAUCGAGCGUCUGGAGAACACGGUGGGCCGUGCCUGAAGCUGGACGUUGUGAGACGGCUCGCCGGCUUACUUCCUGGACAUGCACAUGCGUUUCCUGUCGUCCAUCCUCCCGUAACUACUCCAUAAAGUUCAACCACAGACGGUGUGAAGCUGUGGUUCAUAAACCGGUGUGCCUCAAGUUACUGGUGCACCGUUGAGUUACGAUGUCUACAGUUGGGCCUUAAAUGCAAUGUUUAAAGUAACUAAAUGUUUAUUUCUAAACACCUACAUGAACAUAGUCUGAAAUUAAAAUUCCAUCGUUUCUUCUGUACUGCAGGAAGUAUGUUUUGCAUCCUCUUUGUAUAAAGUUGCAAAUUGUAUAUAGAAGUUUUUUUGAAAACAUCAAACAGGAUUUAAUUAGUUACAUAUUUUGACUGGAUGUUUUUUUUUUACAACCAGUAAAUUGUUUCCUACAUUAGAUACUCUUGCAUAUUUUCAUAUUUGUAUUAUGUUACAUUGAUAAUAAAUGUUUAUCUUCUGUGUCUGUGAAUGUUAUCAGAACAUGUGUUUGCUUAAAACCAUAGAUGUAACCACGCAGACAAAUCAGACAAUAAAAUAAUCGCAAAGGAAGUUCUCUUGCA